AUGGACUUUCAUGAGUGCCUUCCUUGUGGAGAGGAUAUUGAACCUUCCUUGAGGAUUGGUAUAGACAGUGUCCAAUUCAUCAUCAAUGCCCUUUUCAGUAGAUUGACCUUGCAUAAUCUAAUUGGGUUCACUUUUAUGCAGAUAGAUGAUGUGAUUAGUCAAGCUCAAACCACAAGGGCAACUUUGGGCUCUCAAAGGGCUUUGUUUGGUGAUGUUCAAGGAAAAGUGAAACAAUUAGGCGACAAAUUCCCUAUUAUUCGUGGCCUAAUUGGUACAAUUCUGAAUCCAUUUCUGCUACUCUCUGUUCUUCUUUUAACUAACUUCCCACUAAUAUUGAGCUUGAUCCUCACAGGUUCAAUCAAAAGGAAGCGAUCGAGAGACACACUUAUCCUAUCAGCAGUCAUCGCAG